GUCGUUUGGUGGGUGGGGUGUGGGGAGCGGCGGGUGCUGGAAUCUGGUGAACCCCGUUCACGUCUACCGGGACUUUUUCCAUCUCCUCAAUUCCACUGUUUAUUCCACUGUAGCCAAGGAUUUUUGCGAAAACUCCCAAUCUCCUCUGCAUAAUUAAUUUCAUUUUAUUUAUUUAUUUAUUUUAAUUUUUUUGUAGUUUUUGCUUGUUUACGCAAAAAUCAUUGACUAGCAGAGGGCAGAGGAAUGAGUGUUUUUGCUGGAUCGGAUCUGAAUCGUUCACCAGUUUCCACUGUCUUUUCUUAUUUUCUUCUAUGAUUUUUUCCUUUGAAUUUAGUUGAUAAAAUUUGUUGCUUUUUAUGUUGUUGAUUACUAAAUUAUGUAUUUGUUUUUCCUUUUUGUUACUAUACUCAGUUAUUUGGGAGUUGAAUUUAUUUGUAGAACAGGCAAAUUUAAAAGGAAAAAGUUCAAGAAAGUUAUUUAUUCUAUUUAGUUAUACUAUGGUUAAUUGUAUAUGUGGUGGUGUUGUUUUUGUAUCUCAAAAUGAUUAGUCAAAAGUAAGAAAUUUGAAUUUUGAUCAUAAGGAAUUUCGGGUACAUUGCAGGGUAUAUUAUUAGUUAAUGGGAAAGGAAUAAUUCAAACAUCGAAAAUAAAAAGAGUGCAUUUUUCUGUUUUAGUAGUAGUUUUACUUUUUGGGGAGGAAUUUUGUAUCUAGAUGUUGUAGAUUAGUCAGUUGUAAUGAGCAUCUUGAUGCAUUUGGACUUGGAAGGCACAAUUAUCUAGUAGAACAUUGGCAUUUGCCUUGUAGGAGUAUUCCACAUUGUAAAAGAGGCAUUAGUGGAGGCUUAGAGAUUGAGUGUGAAGUUGAUUUAUCAUCAAGCUAAUUACAUAAUCCCCAGUUAUCUUUUCUAUUCUUCAGGCAAAUUUGAUCUAUAAAAUGCUGCAGAAAAUGCGCUUAUGCCUGUAGAGUUUUACAGAUAGGUUUAUCAAACAGUAGUUUACAAGAGUCCUUUCUGUUCAAUGAUCAUAUUAUCCCUUUUUGAAUUCUUAAACCUUUUUUUUCAAAGGAGUAUACAACAUCUGUUUGGUUCUGUUGUAUGCGGUUUUAUACACAGACAUGACUGUAUCCAAAUAUGCAUAUGCAUGUACAACAAGUCUGGUGCUUUUACUGGGGUAAUUGUGGUUUUAACUUAUAGAUGAAAACUUGUACUAGUAUACAGAGUUCUUGUAUUGCAAGGAAAUGAUAAAACAACCCCCAGGAUGAACUCAAAAUAUCUGUUGAUUUGCUUGCUUGUCACCAUUGCACUGCACCUGGUUUUAGGUAAAGCCCUUGUUGAGGACUGUGCAUGGCUGACGGGGAGACUGUGUACCUGGCUUCAUAAGAAAAGAUCCCCUGGUCUACAUGCAGUUAUUAACGUGUCGGUUAGUAAAAGCUCCUUAUUUCGCCACUCAAGCAGAAUUAGAAAAGAUGCCUGGACCAUUAAGAAUACUUGUGCCUUCAAGUCCCAUGGAGAUAUGAUGCCGUGUUGCAACGGUGAAAUAGUUGGUUCCAUGAGAUAUGAUAAUCUUCCUCUUCUUGUCUCUCUGAAACUCAUGAUGGAGCUCCCUCUCAAGCUUAAUAGACAGCCUUCUUUUUCAUCUCUGCGCCUGCAAAAGAUAAUUGUUGCAGCUUAAUCUUGGACAACACUCAGAGCUCUGGCAACUGCAGUGUAGAAUAUGCAAGGCUAUAAUAUGGCAAUGAAGGUAGAGUGAGGAAGGGUGAUGUCGUCUGUGAGUUAUGAUUUUUUUUUUUUUUUUGAUGUAUUCUUUCUGAUUGUUUGUGAGUGCUAGAAUAUACAGCAACGGGCCUUAAUUAUAAAUGACAAAUCAAUUGUGCAAGUUAGAGCGGGCUUGGAUGGGUGCUUGUUCCUUGGGAGAUUUGGUGGGUAUUAUGUGUUUUAAGAACAAUCUAAAAUCCCAAGUACUCAUUCUGUUCCGAUUCCAAUUCA